AUGGAUCAAGGCCUUUCAACAGGGGCCCAUCAAGAUAUUGAUGGGCUACGUGAGAGAAACGUGCGCACCGAUUCAACAGUCGGUCGCGAGGCUUUAACAGCCGGGGACAUGGAUGCCAAAGACAAGGAUCUUAGCCAGUUGAAAACGUUUGGGAGAACACCCGAUGGAACAGUAUUCACGGUCCCUCAGACCCAUGACAUGGUCUCACAGCUGCUUUUGCCAUCUGAACCCAAGAAUUUUGGUGACCUUGUGGUGUUGUUCCUCCUGGCGGGUCAUGUUUUCUUCCUCUGGGCUCUUCCCGCGGGAGCCAAGAUCCCGGCCUUUGCAGCCAUCUAUCUCUUCUGGCGCCUGGCUUACAAUGCAGGAAUUGGAUGGCUUCUCCACAAUCAAUCGCACCAUAAGACAUUGAUUCGAUGGGCAGAGAAGACGAAGGUCUUUGUCAAUCCUGCUACUGGCGGGAACCCUCACCCCAAAUUGUAUAACUGGAUCAAGAAGGAACUGGAGACCAAGAUUCCGAAGGAUUACUCGUUCGACAAUGCUCCAAUUGAAUACAACACCUGGCUUGUCUUUAGACGUCUUGUCGACUUGAUCCUCAUGUGUGACUUCACUUCCUACUGCCUCUUUGCGAUAGCCUGUGGCCACCAACCCGUUGACGAGAGUGUUUUCAUGACCGUUCUGCGGUGGUCUGCAGGUAUCGUGUUAGUGCUGUUCAACCUGUGGGUCAAAUUAGAUGCGCAUCGAGUGGUCAAGGACUACGCCUGGUAUUGGGGAGAUUUCUUCUACCUCAUUGACCAAGAAUUGACUUUCGAUGGCGUGUUCGAAAUGGCACCUCACCCCAUGUACUCGGUCGGCUACGCGGGAUACUACGGAAUUUCUCUGAUGGCCGCCAGUUAUAAGGUGUUGCUCAUCUCAAUCAUUGCCCAUGCAGCACAAUUCGUUUUCCUGGUCCUUGUCGAGAAUCCACACAUCGACAAAACUUAUAACCCGCCACCACCCCGAAAGCGCUCUAUUUGUGUGGAUUCCUCCGACUACUCCAGCGAUCUAGACACUCCGAGAGCGCCAACUCCGUCUGAAGAUCAGGCUCCCAACGCGACAUCCUCGUACUCGGCCAAGCCGCCCCAGUCGGUCCACAAUCUCUUGGGGCUACACAACCUGGACCUGUAUAGAACCACGGAUUCCUCGAUCAUGCUUGUUCAGCUCCUUGUAUUCUCUAUCACGGCUUUGACGCCCUCUACACCCGACUACCAGUUGCUGUUUGUGGUGCUCGCCGCCGCCUCCAGACUCUGGUAUUCCGUAGGCAUUGGAUAUCUUCUUCGGAAUCAAUCCAACACCAAGUCUUGGACAAGGCACUUCGUCAAGUAUGGCGACACGCAGCAGGAAGCCUGGAACCAAUGGAAGGGUACUUACCAUCUCAGCAUGAUUUUGUGUUACUCUAGCUUUAUUGCUGCCGUGUGGAAAAUGUACACUUUCCCGGCCGAUUGGGGCUACGGUCUGGUUUUGUUCCGCCAUGUUCUCGGAGCUGGUCUGAUCAGUCUGCAAAUUUGGACUUCGGUCAGCAUCUACGAGUCUCUCGGCGAGUUUGGCUGGUUCUACGGUGAUUUCUUCUUCGACAACUCUCCCAAGCUGACCUACAACGGUAUUUACCGCUUCCUGAAUAACCCAGAGCGCGUACUUGGUCUCGCAGGCGUGUGGGGCGCUGUCCUCAUCACUAGUAGCGGAGCCAUCACUUUCCUCGCCUUGCUGAGCCACAUCCUUAGCCUGGCUUUCAUUCAGUUCGUUGAACGUCCACACAUGCAAAAGCUGUACGGUCGCAGCCUUCGUCAGGAUGCGGGUCUUGUCAAGAGUCUGAAGCGAUCCUUGCCUCCCUCUCUCAAGCAAUUGCACGGUAGCGUCGACAAGAUGUUCGAUGACUCCUAUGAGUUCAUUGAGGAGAUGCUCGAAAGUGCGCGCCCUAAACUGGCCGCGGGAGUAAACACAUUUGUCAAAGAUACCACUGCUCUCUUCCAAAAGUACCCUGCACGUGUCACCAUCUCCCGGAUUGAUGCGGACCUAGCUGGAUUUGACACCCGCGAUUAUUCUCUCUCGGUUGAAGGUACCAAUUCUCUUCCCUUCGAAGAAAGCGAAAAGACCAAGGGUCGUGAGGGUGCCAACGCACGCAUGCCCUUGGAUCGCCGCGGUGAUCUCAAGGACUUGACUUUCGAAUAUGGCUCUCCGAUCAAGGUCAAAUGGACUGCCCCGCUGAACCACAGCAAGAGGGAUUGGAUUGGUCUUUAUCGGGUUACAGACAAUACCUCUCGAGAGGUCACUCGUGUAUCAUCGCAAGGUCGCUGGGUUGCAACCAACGAAGGCUCGUAUGACAACUCGACCUGCGAGAAGGGUAUCCUCACAAGUGAUGUUGUUGUCCCCUCGUCCGAUCCCUCCGGCCAGGACACUCGCAAACUCGCAUCCGGCGAGAUCCUUCUCUCUGGCGACAAGCUCUUCUGGACCCAGGGAGUUUUCGAACUCCGCUACCACCACAACGCUAUGCACAAUGUCAUGGCUAUCUCGAGACCGUUCGAGAUCCGUAUUCGUCGUUCGGAUGAGGAUGAGACCAUCGCCGACGGUGGUUCCCUCGUGGAAUCUGCCGUUGAGAAUGCCCUCUUGUCUGUCGUUCGCAACUGCUUCGACCGGGAUCCUGAAAUUGCCCCGGAGAGCGUCGAUGAGCGGUUCGGUAGCCUCGUGGAACGGGAUGGCAAGUUUGCCAAACGUGUUGUCUUCGCUGUCCAUCAGAUGUUCGGUAUCGAGUUGGCACCUGGAGUUGUCAAGGCUGAUGGCAAUGUGCGCAACCUGGCUUGGAGGAUUUGCAACGCCAAGAAGGUUCUCGCUCCCUACAGCAUGUCGAGAUCCAAUGGAACCACGACACCCCUUGAGCUCAAAGAAUAA